AUGGCGGUCAUACGCGGGAAGUCAUCCCUUUGUCUGGCCGCACUUCUCUCUGUAUCGAUCAUCCUUGCUUGCCCGGCCAUGGCAGAGCUGGGGAACCAGACCGGGCAGGUGACCGUCUUCUGGGGUCGGCACAAGGACGAGGGCUCCCUGCGCGAGGCCUGCGACUCCGGCAUGUACACCGGCGUCAUCAUGUCCUUCCUCAACGUCCACGGCCAUGGAAGGUACCACCUCGACCUCUCAGGCCACGAACUCGCUGGCAUCGGCGACGACGUCAAGCACUGCCAGUCCGUCGGCGUCCCCGUCUCCCUCUCAAUCCGAGGUAACUACUCGCUCCCUAGCAACCAGUCCGGCGAGUCCGCACUGGACCUCUCCGACCACAUCUGGAACGCCUACCUCGCCGGCUUCCGCAAGGGCAUGCGCCGCCCCUUCGGCGAUGCCAAGCUCGACGGCGUUGACCUUUUCCUCGAGCGAGGAACCCCGGCGAAGAACUACGGCGUGCUUGCCAGGGAGCUCGCCAAGCGCAACAUGGGCGGCGGGAACCGGAAGCCCAUCCAGCUCACGGCGACACUGCCCUGUUCCUUCACGAACAACCCCAUCGACGGAGAUGUGCCGAUCACCAGGGGGAUCUACGAGCGCAUCCACGUCCGGUUCUUCGACAACGAUGGGCACGCUGACUGCAACGCAUACAGCGAGGAGGUGUGGGAUAGCUGGACGGCGGCGUACCCGUCCAGCCGGAUCUUCCUUGGUCUGCCUGCAUCGCCGGAGGCGGCGAAGGAAGGCUACCUGUACCCCAAAAGCCUCUACUAUGGUGUGCUCCCGGCGGUGCAGAAGGCGGCUAACUAUGGCGGUGUCAUGCUCUGGGAUCGGUACUACGAUGAACGCAGCAACUACAGCAGCUAUGUCAAAAGGUGGGCUUGAGACUACAUAGCAUUGAACACACUACCAACAUGGUGCUGGAUGCUCUGCAUCUAUUUCUAUAUACUC